AUGCCCUCCUCCCAAGAUAAGAAACCACUCCGCCAACUCGCCGCCGAAAAGCUCAACGGCCCCGACGCCAACCCCUCCCAAUUAGGCGACCCCAUCUCUCUCAAGUCCGAGACCAACCAAGAUUCUCCCAAUAAUGUUGAAUACACUCCUGAGGGAGCCGAGGUUUCGCCUUCGUCCUCCUCAAAUAACAAGUCAUUGUCGAAGUCGGAUCACAAUCGAACACAGGCGUAUGGUACACCGAGAAAUGAUCCCGCGGGCGGGAAGGCGGCCACUUCAUCGGGUGGUUGGGGGGGAAACCCACGGACUUCGUCCGGGAAAAGGGUUCCUCUGGAGGGAGACCCGACGAGUAUGGAGCGGGAGCAGGUGGUUAGUGAUGGGAGGAGGGUGAGGGAGGAGGAGAAUGGGCCAGUUGGACGGGGGAGGAGGGGUAGUAAGCUUUGA